AUGGCUUUAGAGACCGGGACCAAAAUUACUGCGGCUGUCUGUCAUCAACAUAGCAAAUAUCCGCCACAAGAGUCUUCCAACCACCAUAUUUUCUCUCAUUACUCUAAACUCACCCUACAAGCUCCUAAGUUCGUAAUUGUAUUUGCCAUUGUAGCAUUUUCGUGCUUGCUUUUGUAUAAUUCUCCUCCUUCCGCGCGAUUUCAAGCCUAUAAUCCGUUUGCCGCCACAAAACUCGCCACUAAUCCGGAGAACAAACUCGAUGAACUGAAAAACAUUCUAAAAAUGGCAACAACGAGUGACAAUACGAUCAUACUAACUACUAUAAACGAUGCUUGGGCAGAACCAAACUCGAUGUUUGAUCUGCUUCUUGAGAGCUUUCGUAUAGGAAAUCAAACUCAAGGGUUUUUGAAGCACUUAGUUGUUGUGGCGUUGGAUGAAAAGGCACAUGUUCGUUGCUUAAAGUUACAUUCACAUUGUUAUCAUCUUAGUACCGAUGGGGUUGACUUCUCUGAGGAGGCCUAUUUUAUGGCAGGUGAUUAUUUGAAGAUGAUGUGGAGAAGAAUCGAUUUUCUACGUACCAUUUUAGAUUUAGGUUACAACUUCCUUUUUACGGAUGCAGACAUAAUGUGGUUUAGGGAUCCAUUUCCACACUUCCAUGAGGAUGGUGAUUUCCAAAUUGCUUGUGAUUACUUUAGAGGGGACCCCACUAAUCUAAAUAAUCUGCCAAAUGGAGGAUUUACUUAUGUAAAGUCAAACAACAAGACCAUCCAAUUUUACAAAUAUUGGUACGAUUCAAGGUUAAACUAUCCGGGUUUACAUGACCAAGAUGUGUUCAAUAAGAUCAAGUUCGAUCCCUUCAUUCUUGAAAACGGGCUACAAAUCCGAUUCCUUGAUACAUCUUACUUUGGUGGAUUUUGUGAGCCAAGUAAGGAUUUUGACAAGGUGUGCACCAUGCAUGCUAAUUGUUGUGUUGGGUUAGACAACAAGGUUCAUGAUAUCGGAAUCAUGCUCCAGGAUUGGCGAAAAUACAUGAACUCGUUUAUGAAUCAGACCGCAAUGCUUGGCUCUGCUUCUUGGACAGUUCCUCAAUCAUGCAGAGGGUCGUUUCAUAGGCCUCGUCUUCCUAAAAAGAAAGAUGAUCAUGGAAGUAAGAGUUGAUCAAUUGUGAACAAAAUGGUGAAAAUUUGGGUAAAGAUCAAUACGAAAAAUAAUUGGUAUAAUUCUUGAGAAUAGUUGAUGCUAUAGUUUGUGAGACAGAAGGUUAUGGUAAUUGUAUAGUGAUUCCACAGUCUUAAACAACAUUGUAUUGUAUAUACGCUCAGAUAGUUGUACAUCUCUUUGGGCCCUUUUAAAAA